AUGGCGUCCACACUGACAUUCCUGCUGCUGCUGCUGCUGCUGGUCUCACUGGCGUCUGCGUCGCAUCACAUGGGAGGAAAAUCUCAUUUCACCUACAGAGGAAGAAACCCUGAUGGGACGUUUAGGGUGAGUCAAACAACUCUCAAUAAAUGACAACUUAAAUGAAUGAAACUCUGCAGAAAUCUUAUUUUUCUUUUCUGUUAUAUUCAGAUUAUCUCUGGUGCUGCUGUAUUUAAACACCAGAAAACAGCCAACUUUCUUUUUAGUCACCUAAAUUAAACAAAUGCUUUCUUUAAGUCUUUCAUGCAGUCAUUCUUUAUCUGCAUAAAUUUAUCAAUGCUCAUUUGCAAACACGUCAUGCAUUGUUGUUAAGUUUGUUAAUAUAUUUUUGUUUGUUCUCUUACAAAAAAAACUUCCAAUUUUUCCUCAAACUGUCAUUAACUACAUGUUGCAGAUUUUAAAAUGCAGUGGGGAAGAUGUGCCGUUUUUGUUUUUUGUAGAUAAAAAUUUAAUUAAAAUAUUUUCAGAGGUAGAAACUUGAAACAACUCCUAAAAAUGUGUCUUGGUGCUCAGAUUGAUUGGCUAAAGCACCUUGUAUAGGAUCUUUCUGUUUGUGUCGGUUUUGGCGCCCCCUGUGGACAGAGAGGCACCUCUUAUUGCUGGUUCUAGCAUUAUUUGUUCCUUUCAAAAUUAAUCUAAAAAAGGACUUUUCCUAACCACAGACUUGCUUUUUCCACAGGUGGACAUUUACAACCGGGACACCUACGACCGCUGUGUUUACUCGCACUACUGGUCCUGUUACCAGGGCAACUGUGGCAGUUUACAGUCAACCCCCUCUCAACAGAGUACCAUCAUUGACAACAGCACCAACGCUCCGUCAUAUGAAAGACUUUGGUGUGAAACUGAAAAAAUCGAAACAAGAAACCUCCCCAGUGACAAACCUUUUGUAAUGAGGUGAGCGGUUCGAUUGAUAUGCACCAUAACAAGAGUUUACUCAGUUUAUGAAUGCAUUUUUACAGUCAAAGAGGUUUUAAAAGCAUUUAGAGAUAGAAGUCCUCAAAUAAAAGUUUUAAGUCCAUAUAUAAGGCACCAGUUUUAAGUCAUAUUGAGGCACUACAACAGCGUCUUGGUUUGGGAAUCAGGUAAAACACACUUUGUGAUCUUUACACUUUGACUUAUUAUCUGAUGUACUGCACUGUUACAGUGAUGUAGACUGAAACCAUACAUGCCUUAUUAAAUCCAAUAUUUAAAAUUCUGUUACACACAAAGUACAUAUUACUUUUGAUUUGCCAACUAAGUCGUUCAUUUAAAGAGAAAUCUGUAGUCCAAAAGCACAGGACAGCUAUUUAUUUCUCUCUUAAGGGCAGCAGGAGCAGCAUCAUGAGUGUGGUGAGCCAAAAGGGAAAAAAAGAUGUAAAAAAAUUUUUGACAUAGUACACCACUCCAUUGGUGUGUUCUGUUGCUAUUUUAUCGAACACAAAUGCAGUCACUAAUUUUCCCAUAACUUAGCCGUUAUGAUUGUGAUUACAUCUGUCGUGUAAUUUUUGUGCUUUUCCUCAUUUAAACCAGGGCAGCAAGCUGUUGUUGGAUCCAAACACGAAACUCCGCCUCAAAUUGGAGGCUUCUGACUUCUGUGGAUUUGGGAACCAGAUCUGACACCGGAGAACCAAACAGAUCCCCGGACUUUGGCGCGUUGCCUCUCUUAAGGUUAGUCCCUGCUUUUGGCACAUAGACUAAAGAGCAUGGGCCGAACUUUUGGGACAGCUUCAGUUUGAUAGAGGCGUAUGCAUGAACAAGAAUAUCAAUCUUAAACAAUAUCAUCUAAGUCUGUUUGCCCAAUAUAGAGAAGUUCAGAUGACUGUGCCCGGUCUGCAGGUAUUAGCAAACUCAAAGUAAAGUGUUCAUGUGUCCAGUUUCAGUCACACGAACUAGCGUCCUCUAAAGUAAAUUCAGAGCAUUACACCACAGUGUCGUCUGCAUAAAAAGUGAAUAUUUGUAUUGGCCAUUUUGAUUUAUAGAAUUUGUAAAAAGAUAAAAAGCAGUGGUCUCAAAACUCCUUUUGUGACUGCAAGAGAGCUAGAGGUGCAGCGCUCUGCUUGCAUACCCAGAGUUUUGUUUGAUAGGUAAUUAUUAAACCAACUGACCACUUGUUGAGACAACCUUUCUUUGUAGGAAUAAUUGAUGGUCCACAGUAUCCGAAGCUUCGGUCAAUGUUUGUAAAGCUAAACCCAUCAUCAUUCAGAGAAAACUUGUAGUGAAACGACCAAACUUUUACCAUCAUGACUUUUUCAUCUGUGCCAUGCAAAUUGUCACUUGUCACUCACACGAUGUGUCACCUCUAGAGUUCCUCAGAACUGUCCACGGACCUACAAGCUGGUAAACUUUGACCCUGACGGUGACAAAGUUCGAUGCCGAUAUGGAAACAUCGCGAAUGUGGAGUGCGGCAGAUGUGACCGACCUUAUGGCUUCAACUUACAGCAGGUGAGUUUGACAAAAGAAAAAAAAUCAGUAAACACACUACAAAACUGUAAUCUGUGCUCACCAUAAUUUUUCAUACUGUCAGGACACCUGCACGUUACAAUACAACGGUCGUGGCAAGUAUGACUACAGAAGUUAUGGCCUUGAGAUGAUGGUGGAGGACUUCCCACAAAGAAGUAUCACUCUCACCUACUCAGACGGAUCCAGGUCUGUCAGAUCUCCCCCCUCAAUGAGGUGGAAGAGGGCAUCCCACUUUGGUACAACCUCUUAUUGGAGGUAUAGUAGAACAACUACAGCAGGAACAAGAGCUGGAUGGAGAGCAACAUCUGCAACACCAACUACAUGGGGACCAACAACUGCAACAGGAGCAACAUCAGCUGGAUGGGCAGGAUGGCCACGGUUUGGGACCACAACUCCGACACCAACCACAACCACAAGCCCAUCGUGGCAUUGGCCUCGUACCACAACCCCAUCAUGGUAUUGGCAUAGCACCACAACCCCAUCGUGGUAUCGUCCCCACACCACAACGUGGUAUUGGCCUCAUUACACAACCCCAUCGUGGUAUCGGCCCCGCACUACAACCCCAUCGUGGUAUUGGCCCCGCACUUCAACCCCAUUCUCAAUUUCAUAUUCAGCCCAGCCUCUCAGCAAACUUCCCCUCCAUUUCUCCUUCCUUGGUAAGUCAGGCUUCACUCCUUUCAUCGAUGUCUGACUGUAUUUUUCCUGCUUAACCUAAUCGGAGACAUAAAACCUUUACCUCAUUUUUACAUGGUCCAUUUUCCUUAACUACAAGAAGUUAGAAUUGUGGCUAAGCUUCUGUUUCAGGAGGGAAAACCUUUUACAAAGUGGAUGCAGCUUGGUGUAACAGCUUAUAUCUGUUUCCUUUUACUCCAGUGGACCAAUCUGUUCCUUCCUGUACGCCGGGGCUCUACCUGCCACAGCUUGUCAGCCCGACGCCUAGAAACGAAGCGCACAUUAGUGCAGAGGUCGGCAAAGAAGUGGAAAUCAAAGUUAAAGCACAGUCAGCAUAUUCAACGUAAGUCUAUUUGAUGUGGCAGCAAACACUCGCAUAGUUUUAUCAAGUAAUAACAUGAAAUAUUUGGGUAUUUUGUUUUCAUGCAGGAUUGAAAACAUCAUCUUCAGUGGACCAAGGGGAACCAGAAAGCAAAAGACCAGCUAUUCUGACUUUGUCCUCACAUGGACACCAACUCCCGAUGACCUGGGGCAUCAUUACGUGCUCUGUUUCGCCGUGGAAGCAAAGAGAGGGUGGGUCUUUGUUUUAUAUAUGUCAGCUGUUCUGAGAGAGGUUUGCUUUUAACUUCUGGAAAACGAAAUCAAGAACUUAAAAGACAAAAGUAAGAAGAUCCAAAGACUACCACGUAAUGUCAAAUGACUUGUACAACUUUUUGCCCGUGCCAAUACAAAGACCUUUAGCAAACAGUCUGAAGGACACGGCUCAAAGUGAAUGAGUGACUCAACCUCUUAUUGCCAGUUAAGCGGCACACAAUGGGUUAAAAGAGCCAGUCAACAAGAUGGCAGUGUGCCACUACGGCUCAUGCCAAGACCAACAUGUCCAUGGUUAUCCGUUGGUGCCAAGUGCAUGGAAAGGCUCCAAGUGUUUAUUAAUUUUAUGUAAUACUUUUCAGGUCUAGCGUCUAUCAGACAGAGAUGAGGUGUGUCAUCCUGGAUGUUGGUGAGCAGCUAGGUGAGUCUCUUUCCUGUUUGAAGUACAAAGGCUACACACAACACACGCUCAAUGCUUUGUUGAAGUGACUGCUUUGGGUUUCUGACCAAUGAGUCUGUUAAAGGUAGUUUUAAUUCAUGGUUAGAGUAAAAGAUAUCAAGAAAAUGGAUUCACAGGUUAAGUGAUAACGACAACAAUGCAUCUAAAAAAGGCAGAAGAGGUAAACAGGAAGUUCUAACAAAAUACGAAUGCAAUUUUUGGAAUGAAAUACCAAAAAUGUCCAAAAGUCAAGAAAGUUUCAGUGCCCUCCUCACUUUUUUUGGAUUUCUUCGUUUUUUUCGGAUGGAUAAACAUCGAAAACAAACAUGACUCUGUGGUGGAAGUCACUGCAUAGGAUCAGAACCAUCUGUCUGAAUACAGUUUGUUGCUUCAUCCACAAAAGCAGGUUAAAACCAAUCCAUGUAAAGACAAAAACAUAGUGUAUAUAAGGAGAUUCCAGACUGUCAAGCAGCUAGACGUCAGGAAAAUCGUAAAAGCACGCAAAGUGAAAAGCUAAAUGUGACUUUUUUACGAAUGCAAAAUAACACUUUUUGAAUAUGUUUUUCUCUAGUUGAGGCCAAUGUGAUCUGCACAGAAUCCACAAUGAGAGUGGAAGUGGACAAAUCGACAUUCCCCCGACUCCAUGAGGAUCAUUUACGGCUCAGUGACCCCUCCAACAUCAUCUGCAGCCUGCAGACUCACUCCAACAGUACUCACGUCAUCGCCAUCUUCCCUCUGAACGCCUGCGGCACCCAGAUCGAGGUACGUCAGAGUUACCUGCAGCUCGAGUUGGUUGUUAUGUUUCUUUUUUGUUGCAGUUUGUGGACUGAUUGUGAUAUCUUAAACUCUGCAGGAGGACGACAAAUACCUAAAAUUCAAGAACGAAAUCACCACCUUCGAUAACCUGAGAGACGUGAUCACCAGGAAACACCUGCUGGAGGUUCAGUUCUACUGUCAGUACCCCAAACGAGGGAACGUCACUCACAGCUUCCGGGCUCACAGAGAAAACAUCACAGUGUGGGAGAAAGGCUUCGGCAAGUUCACGUACCAGUGCGAGUUUUAUCCCAAUUCUCAGUUCCACUUCAUGCUCAGUCCCAGCUCCUACCCUCUGGAGUACGACCUGGGGGAUCGCAUCUUCAUGCAGAUCGAGGCCACGUCUUCAGUCAACGACACUGUGCUGUUUGUGGAGUCCUGCAGUGCUGCACCCUAUGACAACCCCAACUACAAACCAGUCUACCCCAUCAUCCAGAAUGGGUAAGAGUGAUUUAUGCCCCCUAGUGGCUGUGCGUCUUUAACACCUACACCUCGAACUCUGUGCGCUCUCUCAGGUGUGCUUUUGGCACCAAAUUACUCCUCCUCUAUACGGCUCCUGUUUGGAGCUGCAAAAUUACAAAGACAGUGUUUCAUAUCUUUGUUUUUCUCUACCUUUAGCUGCAAAGUGGACCAGACGGUUCAGAUCCACAGCACUGCGAAUGACAGACAGUUUAGGUUCAGCAUCGAGGCCUUUAAGUUCAUCGGUUUGCACGAUCAGGUGGGUAAAAAAGUGUCAUUGUUUAGAAUGUUUUUAAAGCUCCUGUGAGGAACUUUUGGUCUGUGUUGAUUUUGGUGCCCCCCUGUGGACAAAAGUAGUGUCUUUUCUUGGUAAUAUCUUCUUAAUCUAUAUCUGCAAAUAAAUGCAGACUUUUUUUUCAUAAACUGCAGCUACAGUUUUGUUGAUCUUCCCGCAUAAUGAAGGCGUGUUUUUUCUCCUCAGGUGUACAUUACCUGCUCAGUUUUGAUGUGUCGGUCAGGAAACCCCAACACCAGGUGCGCACAGGGCUGCAUCAACGGAAAUAACAUGCGCGGCAGGCGAAAGAGGGAAACUGUGGCCCAGAGCUCAGCUCACCUUGUUUCCCAGGGUCCUUUGCGGCUGAGGGGGUCAGCAGAGAGCAGAAACAGCUCAGGUAAGAAAACGCCAAACUCUGUCUGUACAGCACUCUCACUUUGUUUGAGAUCCGAGUUAAAGUCUGGACCAGGUCAAACUCAGUCUGUGUUUCUCUACUCUGCAGACAUGAACCUGAACCUGAACCUGGUUUUCGUCGUUGGAUGUCUCCUUGCAGCCGUGGGUAUGAUCAGCGGAGUGGCUCUGUAUAAAGCCAAAGUAUCCAGAGUCAAAUACCAGCCUCUGGCCACGUCUGAAAAUUAGGAUGGCGGCGUGAGCAGAAGGAGGAAUCUUUUUGAUCUUACUUGAAUCUAUUCAGAUGUUAGGAUCAUAUCUGUUCAGGGAUUAUUGGGUAUUUUCAUUUGUUGUCACUGUUUCCACAUUUAAAUGAAGGAAUUUCACGUCUUUGGACUUGAUAUCAGGUGUAAUGGCAAAUAGAAAACCUGAAGUAAUUUUGAUGAGAAGAUGAAGGAAAAGUGGGCAUUCAUCACUGCAGCUGCUGAGUGAUCAUUUUGAAGUGUGUGUGUGUGUGUGUGUGUGUGUGUGUGUUUUUUUUCUUACUGUCGUGGAAUAUUUCCUAACUUUGCACGUGUUUCACACUCACAUAUGAAAUCCUCUGAUUCAGUUAAAAUAUCUCACUAAAAAUGUCUUCUGUGAAACAUAAUAGUGAUUUUGCUGUGUUAAAAUCUGUCACAAAAUUCCCAUUAAAAUAAUGUGAUCAUGUAAAACGGUUUGAAAUGUAACUUUAAUUUAAUGCUCUGAAAUCAAAUAAACUUUCAAAAAUGUUGGGAUGUUGUUCUUCUGUGAAAGAAAUAUACUUAUUUAAAAUCCAACAAAAGGCAACAUGUGUCUGCUGGAUCUGAGGUGCAGGAUUUGUUUUGGUACGUGGAGAGGAGCCAUUUAUACGGUGGCCCUGAGGUGCAAAAAAUAAUGGCAAAUAAGAGAAUAAUAAUAAAAAAAAAAAGCACAACAGCAAAUAAGAAAACACAACACAAAAGAGAAAAAAUAAGAAAAGGCAACAAACAAAAAAGGAAGGACAACAGUACAUAAGAAAACAACACACACAGAAAAACAAAACAAAAGGAAAAACACAACUGCAAAUCAUAAAACACAAUGGCAACUAAGAAAACAAAAUAACCAAUUAAAAAACAACAGAACAAGAAAAAAAAACAACAACCAUGCAGAAAACAAAACACAAAAAGAGAAAACACAACACAAAUUUUAAAAAAAAGAUAGCGGCAAAUCAGUAAACACAACAGCAAAUCAUAAAACACAAAGGCAAAAAAAAAAUAAAAUACAACACAAAAAGAAAAAACACAACAACCAAUCAGAAAACAAAUCACAGAAAGAGAAUACACAACAACAAUUAAGAAAACACAAUGGCAACUAAGAAAACACAAUGACCAAUUAGAAAAUACAACACAAAAAAAAACACAGUGAUCAACUAGAAAACAAAACACAAAAAGAGAAUGCACUACAGCAAAUUAGAAAACACAAUGUCAAAAGAGAAAACACAGCGGCAAAUAAGAAAACACAACACAAAAAGAAAAAACAACAACAGAAGAGAAAACACAACGGGGAAUUAGAAAAUGCAACACACAAAAAAGGAAGGACAACAGCACAUAAGAAAACACAACACGCACAGAAAAAGAAAACACAACGGCAAAAGAGCAACAGUUAAUGUUGUUAUUUUUUCAGAUUUGUCAUUUUGUUUUCUCGCUUUGUGUUGUAUUUUCUGAUUUGCUGUUGUGUUUUCUCUCUUUGUGUUGUAUUUUCUGAUUUGCUGUUGUGUUUUGCACCUCAGGACCACCGUACAUUCAUGGUCACCUCAGGUUUGUUUGUUGUUCUGUUGUUUGGGUUGAGCUGCUGAAAAUUUAGCGACAUAGAGUGAAAAGUUAAUGCCAACAUCAGUAUAUUUGUGUCAUCAUCAGCCUAAAAGUGAGCGAUCACUCCCUGUAUACAGAUCGAAACUGUCUCAAAAUGGAGAGGGAGGCGGUGAAAAGGGGACAAGAUUCGUGUGAGGUUGUCUGAACUCUUUCUCCAGGUUAGACGAGCAGCUGUAGCUUCUCAUCACAACUGAGGACGACUGGAAAAUGAGCUGUUCUUACACAGGACUCACAUAAAUCUCUGUAGAGCUCAGCGCAGAAGUCACACCAGUCCUCCUGUUCCAUGUUCAGGCUGAAAACAGACACAAGCGCCCACCUCCUGACCUUCUGUACAUACACAGUCUUUGUUUAUGUUGUGAAGUCCAAGUCUGCUCUCCUCCAGGGUCACUAACAGGCCGGCUUUGUGUUGGAUCAUAAAUUAAGCUCAUCUCUUUGUAGGUCAGAGAUUACAUUACCCUCGUCAGGUGUAAUCUGAGUGCAGACCACCUCUCUCUAAAUAAACAUAAACAGCUAUAAACCAAUAUGUAAUCCCACGUCUGGCCAGUAGGGGAAGUCUGCCAGGGAACCAGCUUCAGACCCCUCAGAGAAAAUAAAAAAAACAUUCAAAUAUUUGUAAAGAGCAAAGAUCAGUGUCUUGAUUUUCUUCCUAACGUGUGAUUCAGUCUCUUUUUUUUCCCACGCCAUGCCAUGCUUGACUGUAAUCCACCGCAAAGUGAUCUAAUUGGCUGUAAUCUAAUCUGCUGUGAAUUUAUCCUCUCUAAUCCAAUCAAAACUGAUCUCACGUGUGCCACACUAUUUUGGCAGACUGCAGUUAUACAAAGUGUCUUUUUAAAGAUUGUUUCACUCGGGAAAAUUGGCGACAUGUGAAAAACGUUGAUAGAAACAGAACAUGACGGUUCACAAAGUCUGACUUGAAAAUGGUCCAAAGACGACGUCUGAAAUGUUGAAACUGAAAAACCUGUUUUAUCUCAAUAUGUGUACGCUCAUUAUUAUUUCUAGAGCAGAGCAUUUAUCUAUGAUUUCCAAAUAGAGUGUCAAAUUUUGAUUCAUCAGACCCUACGAUGGUCCUCCACUUUCCUGCAGUCCACCUUAAUUGGGCCCAGGUCUAGAGAAGUCUCUGGAGUUCUGGAUCUUGUUUCUAUCUUUUCCUCUUUUCAUGGUUCAGUUUUAACCUCAUUUGUUGAUGCAGCGAUGAACCGUGUGGUUUUUGGAAGUGAUUUUGAGCCCAUGUGUAGGAUGAUCAUAUUCUGACUUCCCAAAAAGAGGAAACGACUACCCGGGGGCGGAGUCACACAAAGUUAAUUUUAGGAGUUUUCGGGUUGGAUCGAGUGUCUUUUACACUCUUCUAACUCCGAACAAUUCCACACAGUCCCCAAAGAAGAGGACAUGUCCAGGUAAAAGAGGACGUAUGGUCACCCUACCAUGUGGCGAUUUCCACUCCAGAGUCCUGUCUGUUUUUUAAUGCAGUGCCUCCUGAGGACCUGAAGACCAGGACCAUCCAGUCCUGGUUUGGUCCUGGUCCUUUUUGUUCAGAGGUCUCUCAAAACUGCCUCAAUCAUAAAUCAGGUGACUCGGACCCUGUCUGGUCUGGUAAACAGUCUCGGCUUCAUCACAGGUGAAGAUAAUAGAACACCUUGUCCCUCAGGUACGAGCUGUUCUCAGGGGGGUGGGAUUAUCUCUGAAAAUACUUCAUCUCAGCUCCAUUACCGGCUUUGUGUUUAAGCAGAGUGGGUAUAUAAACGCUCAGAGAGAUGAGAUGAUCACAGACAGAGAGACUGCAAAAAGAAAGAGAUCUUCUCUUUGUUUUGCAGAUCUUCCUCAGCUCGGAAACUUCCACACAGCUUCUUUUCUUCACUCAUCUGAACCCGCAACAAACUACCUCGCAGGUGAGACUCGAUAUACAGACCGAUAUUUGCUUUAUUAGUUACCUGUGGAGAAAUUACAAACGAAAUUUAAAAUCUAUCAUUACUGUGUAAAUCUAUAAAAUCUGCAAGUAUCUCACAUUUUAAACCAGAGACGUUGUUACGGAUAAGAGUUUUAAACUUUGACUCAAACUUUAAUUCUGAGGUUGUAUUCAGGCGGUGUGGAUUCAUUAAGGGGUCAGUAGAUCUCCAUUAAAAUUUAAGUUCCUCCUAAGUGAUCUGCUGAGGAUGCACUGUUUGGUAGAUAGACCUGAUGGACUAAUUUCCGCUGUUUGCAUCUAAGAUCUGAUUCUUUAUCUUUCCACCUAGAAAUUCAUGACAGUAGGUGAAGUUUGGAGCUGGGCUAGUUUAUGACCUCUUCUCCAAACACGCGUAAAAAAGGAGCCCAAGCACAUCGAGUUGGGAUUUAAAAGCAUCUUUUAAGCUGCUGCUGUCAACUUAAAACAGACUCAGAACAAGCGGUACCAAAGAUUUUCUGUUUUCACAGAGCCCCAAAAUAUCCAACUGGAAUAUAAACGCAGAUACAUUGAAAACUUAAGGAACUAAAACAAUUUUAAAAAGUCUGAAACAAUUAUCAAAACUAUUCUGUCCUGAUUAGAGACGAGGAAAGAUGACUCUGCAUCAGAAAACAUGAGAAAAAGGAGAUUUAAAACGAGACACUGCUCUCCCCUGCUGUCAGACUUCAGUUAUAUUUAUGACACUUUGCAGAGUUGAUGCAUCAAAAAUGUUUUUUUUGUUUGUUUGAGAUGAAGUGUGUCAUGGUAUUAAUUUCAGCUUUGCAGCUCACUUUACAGACAGCUUAACUUCAGAGAUUAGAUGUAAUUAUGACUAAUUAUGAGAGCAGAGAACAUGUGGUAAGAGAGUUAUGGGAUUAGCUCAGGUUUGGUGCUUCAGUCUGCAUUUUUUUUCUUUGCACUGACUUUUAUUCACUUCAUGUGUUGUUUUAACAGAAAUGAACGCUGCAGCACCAACACCCGGAGGCUCCAAGGCCGCUCCCCCAAAGUUCAAGCAGAAGGAGACCCGCCAGUUCAAGAGCAAGGCUCCCAAAGCCGGACAGAAGGGGUGAGAAACACUGAACGAGGUUUUAAUCUCUGUAACAAAACGCAGAUCUUUGUCUGAACUUUUCAUUUUGUUUUACAGAUUUGAUGACGUUCCUGGGAUGGAGGGCCUUGGAGGUAAAUAUUAGUAUAUCAGUUUACAUAUCAAACACAACAAAUGUGGUGUAAAAUAGAAAUUAAGAAAACCAUUUUAAAGGCUCUAAAAUGUCUAAAAAGUCACAUCGACCUGUGUUCGUUUGUGCAGGAGCUGAGGUCAUCUGCCCCUGGGAGGCCUUUGGGGACAUGGAGCUGAGUGACCUGGCCCAGUUUGGCAUCGUGUAGACCCGGUGCCAAAUGGAGAACAGUUAAUUCCUGGUGGCUGCAAUCCAGCUGCUUUUUUUGUGCUCUCCUCGUGAGUUGUUUGUGCGGAGAUGAGCCUGGACGGGUUUCAUUUGAACGGAGGAACAGAGGAAGAAGCUCCUGGACCGCAGCCCCCGAGAAUGACUCUUUCCCGGUCGGCCGACACCUACUGGAAGUUUUUAGCGCCUCUGUCUUCGGUUACACCUUAUUGAGAUCUCAGGACGUCUCUGUUGGGGUCUUGUUGUCCUGUGUAGCUCAGCGUGUGUGUGAAAGUGUAGCACACUGUACCGCUGCUGGAGUUUCACUAAAGGGACAAUCGGCAAACAACUCAGAGUCAAAAUAUUAAAUACACAUUACCUCAAAAACUUCAGCUAAACAACCCAAAUGUGUGUAAAUAUUUUACUGUAAAAAUCUAUCUAUCUAUCUAUCUAUCUAUCUAUCUAUCUAUCUAUCUAUCUAUCUAUCUAUCUAUCUAUCUAUGUAAUCACAUCAUGUAGACUUGUGCUCUGUGUGGUUAUAACUGAAAAUAUUGUAAUAAAAUGUAGUUCAGUCCCAUUAUUUGGUUGAGUCUCUUAAUUUCGAUCAUUUUUUGUUCACAACAUUUUUUAUAAAAACACCCACAGUCCAUCAUAUUUUGACCAGAAGUCCAUAUUUGGUCUUUUCUAUGUUGUAUCGCGGAGACUACACCACUGGUCUAACCUGAACACUGCUGUGGUCAUGGCACCUGUAACCUCCUGAGACCCCGCCUCCUUAUUUGUGGACGUGACCAUAGACUGUAUACAGAAUGGACGCCGUCUGCCUCCUUGAUGAGUAAAGCCACCGUGAGAACAGCACCCUCUGUUGACAGGCUGCAGUAUAGGUCAUAAAUCCCAUCUCCUCCAGCAAUCCCUAUGGAGCUGUGGACAAACUUUAUAAAUUAAUGACACAGAGUUUAAAUGUUUCUCCCCCCUGGUUGUGAUGUUGGCAUGUAGUUACUGUAAGACUGGUUUGUGCUCAAGUCCUCUUUUUUCUGUGCAGCUCCGUUUUUAGAAGUUAUUAGGGGGUUCAUGUUUUCUAUGAUUGACACCUGAUACAGCCUAUGGGCGUACGAAGAUUGCGUAGCUCACCUGGGGGAUACGCUGUUUGAGCCGAGCGUCAUUAAAUUCGACUCUCCCGCCGAAUGUCUACAGGAAGUGGAGAAAAUCUUUGAAAAAAAUGAAAGAAACUCAGCUUCAAAUUCGUAUAAUGACGGAAGGCGGAGCCAAGUUAUCUAUAGUUUAUACAGUCUAUGGAUGUGACAUUUUGGACCAUAAUAAUGAAUUCUGCUGACCUCAGACCCUUUAGCCCCAGUCCUGGACCCUUGGUCUGCCACCCUGUGGUCAUAGAGUAGAAUACAUCCAUCAGUGUUUAUUCAAGAAAAGAUGAUUCAUCAGAGUUUAUGGUUCAAUAUGACUCAUUUUAUCAAAAGUAACACUGCCAAAUAUGCAGUACUGAAUGAGGACAUUGGGACUCGUUUGCCGGCAGAAUGCAUCAAACCAAACCGUCGACACCGUAGCUCCCUGAAUUACCACCUGAUCUAUACCUGUCUGAAUGAUUGACACCAUACCUGACCUUAAUUUAUGACCUAUACACAUGUAUUCUUAUACAUGUUUCUCACUGUUCUGUCUGCUUGUUUGUUGAAACCCCAACCCCACCCCCACCUGUCCUGGUUCUGCUCAGGUGAAAUCACUAAUCCACAAUCAGCAUCACCUGUUCCUGUGAGUUUAAAGUCCUGGUCUCCCCCUUCAAAUUAUGAUACAGGCUGACCACGGAGGUCUACUUAUGGCGCCUGUUCCUCCUGAUUUGACAGAUUUAUUCGUGUAACUGUCCGGCUCUUAUCUUGUAAUCUUAGAUGUUAAUUUUUUAAGUGUUUCGGAGAGCGUCUGAAAGUCUUUUUCCUUUAAAGUCACAUCCAAACCAAAGAGGCAGAGCUGAAACGCCCCAAAAAACAAACUUUAAAUGGAAACUACAAUGCGCUGUGAGAUCCUUUAGCUUCAUGGUGAAUUCAUCUUUAAUAAUUCUGCUGCUAAUCUGACCUUAACAUGAACUCAUAACUCAGCGAGCCCUAUCGAACUCAUGUCACGAAGCUUUUCACAUGCGGCGCAGGCGUCAUAACCACGCAACACCCUUUAUGUGAGCGGGUUUACCCGUCCAGAACUGAGUGUUACAUUUCUGUAUCUGCACUGCCUCUGUCUAAAGGCCGUUAGGUCACAUAUCUAAUCCUGCUAAUAAUACUGAUGGUCCUGAGUGCUGGUGUAUUCUGAGGCAGCUUAGAGAGUAAGCCGACGUGUUCUUUAUCGCAGCUAUGGCAUUGUGUAAUGUUGGUCAUUGUGUAUAUUUACAAAGGAGCACGUAGACGGUAAAAUGACUGAAAUCUGGAAAACAGAGAUUCACUGAGCUUUUGAUAGUCGUCUUAAUUUGCACCUUUCUCUACAGCACAACAUCUUAAAACAUCUGAGAAGUCUUGUCUCAGAAUCAUGACGCACAUCUACUCCAUGCAUUUGUCGCAUCCUGGUUGGAUUGAUACGUUGACUUUAUAUCAGGCUGUUGGAGUCGAUCUCUAAAGACGUUUCAGCUGCUCUGAAAUGCUGCAGAUAGGAGGGAGAUUGAUGAUCCAUAAUCCAUAUUGUCUAUCUAUCCUAAUUAUCUAUUUAUGAACUUUUGCAUCUCUAUUGAUUAUGUAAUUGACUUGUAUUUUAUCUACUGCUUGUAUAUUUAUUAAUAGAUUUUUUAUGGAGGUUUUGUCGUGUGAGUGUGUGGUGAAAUGUGACAAAUAAAGCACUUUGACUUUUGACUUUGAUGGAAAGGUCCCCACAAUUACUCCAGUUGAAGAUUUUAUUCAAACACGAUCUACUGCUCCUGCUGACGGAGAUUUCAGCUUUUUCUUUCGUGAUCCAGAUCGUCGAGUUGUCUCUUUUGUUCGAUGUUCAAACCGAUAAACCUGAUUUUUUUGUUUUUUUCGUAAAUUUGAAUUUGAUGUCUGCAACACACUCCAACAAAAAUCAUGGAAAAAUUGAGGACUGCUUCAAAAAAAACCUGUUUGGAUCAAUCCACAGGUGAUCAGGUUAACUGGAAACAGGUGAGGGUCAUGAUUGGGUAUUUAAGAAGCAUCCACGAAAAACUCAGUUCUCCACAAAUAAGGAAGGAGAGAGGUUUACUACUUUUACUUACUUUUACUUUUACUUUACUACUUUUUUUCUACUUUUACAAACACGAUCAUUUUGGAUACCAGUGAACAACCAUCUGUUUUCAUAUGUCACCCAGCAACCUUCGCGCUAAUCGGUUAUCGUGACGCAAAUAUCCGCUCAAGUUGAGAAAUUUUCAGCUCCUGUCCAAUUUGUGUCAUUCACGCCGCCAGAGUAGUCAGAGCGUCUAAUUGCGUCUUUGCAUUGAUUAAACAUGUAAUUCAGUUGCAUGAAUGAUUUUGCUUGCACUUGGUGUGUGGAGACAUUAACAGUUAACACAGUUGGUCUCAACAUCUACAAGUUUAAACUCUACCAUGUAAAGCCAAAGCCAGUCGUGAACGUGGUCUGAGGGUGUGUCAGCGCCCAUGGUGAGCUCUCAAUGCUGAACGAUGGUCCUACAGGUUUAGGAGCAACAUCUGCUGCCGUCCACCCACGUCUUUUUCAGGGGUGUCUCUGCUUAUUUCAGCCAAGACACUUUCUGUCCAUAGGAUGAGCUGUUGCAUCAUCAGCCCCUGCUGCUGCUGUAAACACGAUCCCCUAAGGCUGAACUCUCAUUAGUGCACAUUGCUUGUUAUGCAAAAGUGUCCUGAGCUCCUGACCGUCCUCUGGGAGAGAGAUUAUUACCCAUAAUCCCUGAGUUUCUCACCAUGCUGAACCUGUAUAUCCUAAAACCAACCCAUAGAAAAUAAAUAACAGCGUAAAUAAGGUGAUUAUCAAUUAUGAAAGAGUUAUACAGCGGACUGAACCAAAGUCAACUCAACAUUUCACAUCAUGAUUUCACAUCUCUGAAAUGUCUGUUUUUUUCUCACUCAGGAAUUUGUUUUAAUAUCAUCUACAAAAGCUCCACUGCUGUUGAAUGUAACUGUUACUAAUAUGAAAACAUAAUAACGUGUUUAAGCACAAACUUAUUUAAAAUAUUGUUUUUUUUAGUCAGAUUUUUGUUUUUGAAUUUUUUCCUUUUCAUGAGACUUUUAUCACAUUUGUAAAAAUAAAAGUGUGAUUUUAUUCCUUUUAAGGUCAAAUUUUGUCACUCUAUAUAUAUUAAAAUCAUUAUAUUUAACAUCUUUUUUUUCAUUCAUUUGAAUUUUUGAAUUAAUAUUUAUUUAUAUUUUAAAUUAAUAACCCAAUUUUUGAUUUCUUACAUUUCCUGUUUUUUUAUUUCAAUUUUUUUUGUCUUUUUUGUCUUUUUAUUGUUCGUCUUUGUUUUUUUCUUUUCUCUUUUGUUUUUGCCUUUUUUUACUUCUUAUAGUUUUUGUUAUUAAAAUGUUUGAUUUCUUGAAAUUUUGUCCUUUUAAAUUUUUUCCCUGUAUGAUUUUUUUAAUGUUUUUUUUUUCUUUUUUGUUUUUUCUCUUUUUCUUUUCCUUUUUUUGUUAGAUAUAUUUCUCAUUUUGAUUUUACCUAAAUUUAUUUAAAAUCAUGUAAUGUAAAGAUAUUUGUCCAUUAAACCUUUCUUAAUCUUUUUGUUUUGCUUUGCUUUAAAAUUGUUACAUCUUUUAUUUUAUUUUUCAAGUGGACUUUUUAUAAUUCAUGUAAUUUCAUGAUUUCUUGCAGUAACAUGAAUAGAUAUUUUUCACUUGUUUUUGCUUUCUUGUGUUUGUUCACUUGUUCUAUCCUUCCACUGAUCCACUUUUUAUCAUUAGUUUUUAAUCAAAACCAACAAAUAAAACUUAAAAACAUCCUGUUACAGCGGUCAGAGUUUCUUUUUUACAGCUCAUAUAUUUUUCUUGUGGUUAUGAUAAACAUGUUUGGUAAACAAAGUCUGCUGGCUCUUCAGAUCUCAUCAUCUGAUGUCAAAUUUGUCUGCUGGGUGAUUAGCUGUGUGUCUGAUCAGGCUUACUCAUAAGCCCACUCUGAAAAUACCCCUCACUCAAUCCUGCAGAUUUGCAGACCCCCACGUUUCAGAUAGUGAUCAGAGGCGAGGGGAUGAGACCGAGACUAUAAAGACAGGAGCGCAGAGACGACGGAGACACAAUAGAGAGACUGCAGGAAGAAAGAGGACUCCGUCUUUGUCUUGCAGCUGCUUUUUUGAAUCCUCUCUGCAAAGAGACUUUUCUUUGACCUCCAGUCAAACCAAAACCAAGUAAGUCGACUUUCUCUGUCUUAUCCUGGAUAGUCACAUUAGUUUUGAUUUUUGUAUUUCUGUUGAUGUUUUGAAUAGAAAUUUGCAUCUUAAACAGGAACAUAUUUCAAAAUAUCUGCACUGUUUUGAAGUCUGUAAAACUGUCUAUAAUGUGUGUGAGUGUACGUGCACAGCUGCAUGUGUGCAAAGUUCAGCCUUAAGAGCUCGUAGACUUUUAAACCAUGAUGUUCGUCACAUGCAAGGGAGAGGUAAUGACCAUGUCCAUGUGGACCACGGUUUGCAGCUUACACACCUGCAGCUUGGCACGCAUGACGGCUCUUUUGUGAAUCACAAUCUCAAAAAAAAAAGAGAGGAAAUAGGGAAAGUAAAGAAUAAAAAUGAGAAACGGGGUAAAGCUCAGACCUGGGGAGAAAAAGCUGAACUUUCUCUGCACUUCUUCAACUGCACGACUUCAAUCCAUCAGACUACCACAGUGAAACCAAUAACCGAGCGACAACAACAGCCUUUGUAGAUAGACAAGGAUUUAGAUCUAUACAAUCAGAUCAUAUAGAUAUAUGAUUACAUAGAUGCACAAUCUGUCAUCCUCAGGCUUUUUGGUUGUUGUUUUAAAUAUCUUUAGCAUUUUUAUUCAUUUAUUCCAAACUAUUUGUUGUAAUUUUUCAAUUAUAUAUAUUCAUCAAGCUAUACAUACAUAGAUAUUUAGAUAUUUAGAGGUAGACACUAUUGCAGGUAAGUUAAGUAAAAGGAAAUAAAACAACAAAAAGUUUAAGCAUAAAAAAAUCACAUCAAAUAUUGAUAGUCAAAUAUUAAUAAUCAUAAGUUUAGCUAAGAAGUCAAAGAUUUAAAGAAAACACAUCAAUAAAGCUAUCAUAAGGAUUAGUUAAAUUGUAAAAUGACAUUUAUUGACAAUAAAAUAGCAAAACAACAAAAUCCAAUCAAAAUAUCUAAAUAAUGAACUUCAUUAAAGGUCGACUAAUUACUUUAAAUUUUAGCUUCAUAUUUGUAAAGAUUUUGUGAUUUUUUUCCUGUUUUUCAUAUUUAGCUUUAAUCUAUUUUACCUGUUAAUGUCUUAGUUUCAGGUACCUCCUCAGUGUGAAUUUGAGUCACAGAUUAAAAAAGUGGGACGAGUCAUAAAAACAAAAAUCCUGUCAGGUAUUCCUGCUGCUAGAAGAGUUCAAUAUGAUCCUCAGAAAAAUAGAUUAUAAUCCCUCCCUGUCCCAGAACAUGAGAUGAUCGAUCAGAUCUUGUUUGGUGUCACUUUAUGAUCCUCAGGUGUUUAACACUGAUCCCUCCUCAUAAAAUCUGACCUUUGAUCCCACCCAAACAGGAUUACAGAGGGUUAAAGCUGAGGGGCUUUCAAAUCAAGGUGGAUUAUUAGUUACAUAAAGACAAAAAAUUACACUUUUUACCUUUUAGAUAUACACAGCUUUGUUAUCUGCAGACUGAAUCCAGAUUUUGAACAUAUUGAUUGUUGGUGCAAACUUCAGAGGAAUUAAAACUGCUGUUAAAACCAGAAAUAUACUCUCGGGAUGUUGAAGUUGAAGGAUGACGCAAAAAUAUCAAUUAUCCUCGAGCUUUUUUUCUGCAAAUUUACACGUGCGUUACUUUUCCCCUCCAAAGUCUCCAGAAUGAACGCCGCAGCAACAGAGGGCUCCAAGGCCGCUCCCCCAAAGUUCAAGCAGAAGGAGACCCGUCAGUUCAAGAGCAAGGCUCCCAAAGCCGGACAGAAGGGGUGAGACGAUUAUUUCACACGAACUGCAUGAGAAGAUUUAGACACCUCCUGACUCUAAAGACGGUUUUAUAUCCGAACUCUCCAGACCUUCAAUCUAGAGGAGUGUGGUGGAAAAUUAUGUUUCUAAAAUUAUGUUCUAAAUCCUGCAGAUUCCUGCAAGUAGAAACAAGAAGACAAAAAAAAAAAAAACUGAGCAUGCAUUUGGAUAGAUUUGUUCUGUUCUCAGUCCCCUUUAGACUGAGAAUGUCUGUUUGUGUUAUUCUCCACUGUGGAAGAUUGCAGGAGCUACAGUCAUAGUUAGGACGCAAUGUCAGCACUGAAUACUAGACAUAAAAACAAAACAACUGAUGAACAUCGGGUUUUCAGGAUUUCAAGAUUUCAGAGCAGUGCGCUGUAGUUUUUGCUCAUCUCUGUGCUCAAACAAAAACCUCAAAACCCACUCAUGAAAAGAAGAAAAAUCACGAGCUAUCACUGCUCACGUUACAUCCUUAAAAAAGAUCAAAAUCACCCACUAAAUCAGGCCGCAACUGUCAGCAGAGGCUGGAGAGGGCCAAUCUCUACAGGGUGUUAUCUCAUGAUUAAUAUGCCCCUCCUAGUGGCCUGUUUGAGUAUAGCAGCGACAACAAAACACUCCUACCGCAUAAAACUCUGUAUUCAAGAUACAAAAUACAUCAUAACAGAUAAAUGAUUAUCUACUUUUUACACAUUCACCCCUUCCUACGGGAAAAAUGAAUUUAUCAGGUGACUUUUGAACACUUAUGCAUCAUUAUUCAGGUCGUGCUCUAACUCUUAAAUGUUCUGUUUUGUUGAAAGGUUUGACAACGACGUCCCAGGGAUGGAGGGUCUUGGAGGUGAGACUUGAUCACAUAUACAUUCUUGGUAUCCAUGUUUUCAGUCUGUGAUAACUCUGGGUUUGUUUGAUCUGUUUUCUUCAGACUCAGCGGUGGUCUGCCCCUGGGAGGCGUUUGGGGACAUGGAGCUGAGCGACCUGGCUCAGUUUGGCAUCGUGUAG